AUGUCAACACAUGAUCAGCUCAUGCUAAAGUUGCUGUGACCUCAACUCGACUGUUGGAGAUCUCCUCUUUAACUCUUUUGCUGACUCACUGAGAGCAAUGUCCUCCUAUUACGAGUCCAAUAAACUGAAUCCUCCUUCUCCAGAGUGCCCAGCAGUUGGUGAGGUUUCCUCUUACAGGCCGAGCCGUCUUUUCACUGCACUAUCAGCAGCAGUCACCUCCUCACAUCCAGGAGAUCCCUCCUCCCUUCUUGAAGGAUUACUUUCAUUAGAUGCUUAUCUCACUCGCCGCUUAGCUUUAUGCGCCUCUAGCAACAGCUCACUCCAUCAAAAAAUCCUGAGAUAUCUCUGCUAUGCACUGGAGCUAUCUGGUCAUGGGGUACCAUGGUUUUCACUCUGUGGGCUCCUAGCAAUUCUAUACAUACCAACUGGUAGCCAUGUUCUAUUCUCCUAUCUCGUACACUUACUGUUCCUUCUCGUGGCUGAUAUCAUAGUUGUAGCUCCGAUAAAGUUAUACUUUCAGAGACCAAGGCCCAGUUUCAACAAAGGAUCCAUUCCACUUUCGAUAUCUUCAGUCGAUCAAUACGCUUUCCCUUCAGGACACACAUCUCGCUGUGUUGCUCUUGCUGCUCUCUUCUGUUAUAUGUCACCUUUCAUUCGGUUGUGGUCCGGACUCACCAUUCUCUGGGCAGUGUCUGUUUCUUUCUCGCGGAUUGUGAUUGGUCGUCAUCAUAUUUUCGACGUGAUUGCAGGUGCCAUGGCUGGUGUAGUAGUUUUCGAACUGACAAAAUUUUCAAUUCAAAUGGUGUUUUAAUUAGACAUAUUUCUCUCUCCCUCUAUCCUCAUCACUUUUUAUAGCCAUUCACUCAUUCUAGGCACUAAUAAAUAAAUAACAAUACAAUGUCCCUUCUUAUUUCUCAUUGCUGGUCCUUUUUCUUUUUAAAAGAAAUGAAUUACAUGAUAUUUGAAA